AUGGAAGACUGGACACCUGGAGAUGGCCAGGUGGCCAUGGUGGAGGUACAGCUGGAGAGUGAUCACGAAUACCCACCAGGCCUGCUGGUAGCCUUUAGCGCCUGUACCACUGUAUUAGUGGCUGUGCACCUCUUUGCACUCAUGGUCUCCACGUGUUUGCUGCCCCACAUUGAAGCUGUGAGCAACAUCCACAACCUCAACUCUGUCCACCAGUCACCACACCAGCGACUCCACCGCUAUGUGGAACUCGCCUGGGGUUUCUCCACUGCCUUGGGCACUUUUCUCUUCCUGGCUGAAGUUGUCUUGGUGGGUUGGGUCAAAUUUGUGCCCAUUGGGGCUCCCCUGGACACAUCGGCUCCCAUGGUACCUACGUCUCAGGUGCCAUCCGUGACCACCUCCUUCAAUCCAUCUUCCAACCUCCCAGCAUCCUCUGCUUCUAUAGCCCCUUCACGGACUGAGUCUCCUAAGAACUGCCCACCCCGGCAAGUGUGUGGUGGUGGGGCCCACGGGCCCGGCUGGCAGGCAGCUAUGGCUUCCACAGCCAUCAUGGUGCCAGUAGGACUUGUGUUUGUGGCCUUUGCCCUGCAUUUUUACCGCUCUUUGGUGGCCCACAAGACAGACCGGCAUAAGCAGGAGCUGGAGGAGCUGAGUCGCCUGCAGGGGGAGCUGCAGGCUGUGUGAGCCUGGCAUCAACCUCUACUGUGAGAUCUGCCUCCCUCAGGUCUGGAAGGGCUCUGGGGCCUGCAGACCAUCCUUACCCUUGGCUGGAGUCACUCCUUGUGGCCCCUCUCAGGUGGCCAGAUUACUGUGGCCAUGGAGGGAGAGGCGGGGGUAGGGAGGGGUCUCACCUUCCCAGAGAUGUUUCCUGUCAGUCCAUGGGGUUUGUAAGCGCUAUUUUGUCUAGUUGGGAGGAACAAGAAGGCAAGUAGCCUCCUCAGUCCAGGGAUCCUGGGGACUGCUGAGGGAGGAGGGUGACCUUAGUGAGACUUUUGGUGCCUACCCUCAACAUCUUACUUCUCUAUAGGAUGGCUAGGUCAGAAGGUGACACACCCACACAGCUGCCCCUAGGCAGUCAGCCUUUGCUCCCGCUGUGUGGAAUCUAUAUUACAGUUGUGUGCUUAAACUCAGGGCCUAGGUGCUGUACCUUAGCUUUUUUGCUCCUAGGUUCUUGGUGGC